GACCCACGUGUGUAGAGCAAUGUGUUGAUAUUUCCUCUCAGUGUUUCUGUCACAGUCAGGUUGGUUUCAGCGGAAUUCAAACGAAGGUUCAUCCGCAGACAUGGAUCUCGCCUCCAGGGACUCGUACAUCCAGAAACUGGCCAGUAAGACGUUUACUCAACGAGACCAGGAGCCAAAGAAGAGGCCGUUCGCUCAUUUCAAAAGUAAAAGUGACAGUGGUCCUCAAAAGAAGAAAAAGUGCAAAAAGAAGAAUUUCAAAGAACGAAGCACCAACGAGAAGACGUCUCAUCCCCAACAGAAACCUUCCCUUUCUCCAGCGGCACAGAAAGGUGCAGCCAAAGCAAAAAACAGUGACUCCAAAGCUGAGGGCGUAAAUGGAUCCACGGCACCGAAACAGAAAGGAGUUAAUGUCCAGUCCAGCUUCUCGACAACGGAUGUUCUACGCAAGAGGCUGCAUGAAAAGAUUGAAGAGUCCAGAGGGCAGGGAACCCCAAAGAAUGCAUUAUCAGACACCGUCCUGGCAAAGCGAGCAAAGCGGAAGCUGGAACGAGAGCGCAAGAAGAGGAAGAGGAAAGAGUUUCGGUUGAAAAAGCUGGCAGAAGAUAGCGCCCAGGAGCAAGUGCCUGAGGUUAAACCGGAGGUGAAGCCGAUGCCCGCAGCAAUCAAAAGAAGUGAAAGCUCUAUUAUUUUCAACAAGGUGGAGACGGUGGAGGACGGCUACGUAGACAAAAUGCAGAAGAAGAAGAACAAGAAACAGAGCGUCAAGGGCCAGAUAACGCCACUGACGGGAAAGAACUACAAGCAGCUGCUCACUCGUGUGGAAGCUCGCAAUGAAAAGCUGGAGAAGCUGAGGGAGAAAGAUGAGGGGAAGGCCCAGGAGAUGGAGAAGAAGAUCAAGUGGACCAACCUGCUUUAUAAAGCAGAGGGCAUCAAGAUAAAAGACGACGAGGGCAUGCUGCGCACAGCACUGAAGAAGAAGGAGAAGAGGCAUGGACAGAGGAAGAGGAAAUGGGACACACUCAGCGACAACGUGGUAGAAAAGAUGCAGCAACGGCAGGACAAGAGAAAGAGGAACAUCCAGAAGAGCAAGAAGGUCAAAACGGAGAAGAAGAAGGACAGGGCAAGGAAGAGAGGCAGAGUGUUGCCCGGGGACUUGAAAUAAGCUGCAGUGUAAUGGAAGGAGUCUGGUGUAUGAUUAGAAAACGUGUGAAAAAGUAAAGCAGUUUUUUUUAUGACAUUAUGAUUUAUGAAAUGAUAUAAAAGUGCUACUGCAUGUGCACAUGCUGUACCUUCUGUCCUGUGUAGGAGUAAUAUGAUGAUCAAUAAAAUCUUAUUCUUCAUAGUGA